UUCCUCCUCUGGAAGGGUUUGUAAUGAAUCGGGUACAAGGAGAUUAUUUUGAAACUCUACUCUAUAAGAUAUUUGUGUCCAUAGAUGAGCACACUAAUGUUGCAGAGCUGGCAAAUGUCCUCGAGAUAGACUUGUCACUGGUGAAGAAUGCUGUUUCCAUGUAUUGCCGGUUGGGUUUUGCCCAUAAGAAAGGACAAGUAAUAAACUUGGAUCAACUUCAUUCAUCAUGGAAGAAUGUUCCCUCUGUGAACAGAUUAAAGAGCACCUUAGACCCACAGAAGAUGCUUUUAUCCUGGGACGGCGGGGAAAGCAGGAGCCCUGUGCAGGAAGCUUCUUCGGCUACCGACACUGACACAAAUAGUCAAGAAGACCCAGCUGACACAGCCAGUGUAAGCAGUUUGAGUCUAUCCACUGGGUACACAAAGCGUAUUGCAUUCUUAUUUGACUCCACGCUCACUGCGUUUUUAAUGAUGGGGAAUCUCUCCCCGAACUUGAAAAGCCACGCGGUCACCAUGUUUGAAGUCGGCAAACUCUCGGACGAGUCCCUGGACAGCUUCCUCAUAGAACUGGAGAAG